GAUACCGCGCCUGUCUGCCGGCUGCUUUCUAGACGCUCUCCGUUCACUGUGAACGCUUUUAUGUACAAAGCAAUUUUGCUUAAAAUUUUAUAUCAAUUAAAUAUUAUAAAAUGUGUUUCCUAAAAAAACGUAGGAAAAAUAAAUAGAUGAUAUAUCGUGCAAUAGGAUAUUUGUAAAUAUUUUUGUGAGUUUCCAAAGUUGGAUAUCAUGAUAACAACCAUGACGUCAUUGAUAUUGUUCAAGACUAACUCUUUUUUGGUGAGAAUGAAUAGAGAGGAUAAUGUAAACUGGUUUCAUGGGAAAAUAUCUCGGGAUACUGCAGAGAAACUUUUAAAAGAAGAGGGCGAAGAUGGUGUUUUCUUAGUGCGUGAGAGUAAUUCCUCGCCCGGAGAUUUCGUACUUUCAGUUUUACAUCAGGGGGAAGUAGUACACUACCAAAUCAGGAGACAUGGUGAAGAUGCAUUUUUUUCCAUUGAAGAGCAUACAACAGUGCAUGGCUUGGAUACGCUCAUACAGCAUUAUCGUGGAGACUCCAAUGGGCUUGUCACGAGGCUAUCUAUUGUAUGCAAAGGGCAGCCACCACCACAUGAAUCUCGAACUCAGGGGACCACUAAUCUCUUACACAGGGCAACAGAAGCUGGUGACUACAACAUCGUCUCCCAGUUGUUGGCGUGCGGCUACCGCAGUCGCGACGCUAAGAAUCAAGAUGGACAAACGGCAGUACACAUAGCUGCUAAAGCAGGCCGUGACAACAUCUUGGCUAAGCUGAUAGAGAGUGGCGCUACUGUCAACGUUCGGGAUUCGUUUGGGUACACGCCUUUGCAUUACACUUGCCAGAACAACUUGCCAAGUACUACAGAACUGCUAAUAACGAAGGGAAAUGCAAACUAUCAAAUGAGACAUGCGCCUACAGGCAAGGUUCCUCUUCAUGAUGCCGCACAGAGAGGACACAUUGAAUGCAUACGGGUCUUGUUAAGAUUGAAAGCGCCAUCCCAUCCCAGAACAUUAGCCCACGACACACCCGCUCAAUUGGCAAAGCAUUAUGGUCAUACUGAAUGUUACCAAUUACUAAAAAAUUAUAAACCAGAGGAAUCGAACACUUCAAAAAGCCAUUGGUAUCAUGGUACGCUGAAUCGUGAUGAAGCAGUUAAAACAUUAGAAGAGUACUGCAAUCAGCACAACUUGCAGGACAAAGUGACUGACGGUGUGUUUCUCGUGCGAUACAGUGAAAGGCACACUGGUGCAUACGUGCUGACGAUGCUGAGUGAAAAUACUCCCUACAACUUCAUUAUUAGAAAAGAAAAUGAGUGGUUGUUCAUAGAUGAUGGCCCCUAUUUAGAGUCAUUAGAAAGAUUGAUAGAACACUACAGCACAGUGCCUGAUGGUUUACCCACAAGACUAACUACUCCUGUGCCUCCCAAGCCUAAGCCUCCCUUGCCAGAGUUCUCAACAAUGCCAAGAACGAAGAAAUCUUCACCGAAACGAGCAAUUUUGAACCAGUCACUGUCACUCGUAAAGCAUGACAUUUUGAAAGAUGAAUCAGCAAUAAACAACAACGCUUUCGAACUCCUCACACGAAACUUGUCAUUCUCUUCUGAUUUCAACAAUGAUAGUAUGAAUAACAAUGAUAAUGGACAAAUAGAUAAUGACACAUACAAAGUACCAGUUAACAACAGUGCAGUUGUCUCCCUUGCUGAAAAUUACAAUGAAAUAUCCAUAAAUUCUGAAGGCCAACUAUCUACACUGCAAGAAUUCAUUCCGUUCAGCGAGCUGACGCUGGGCGCCGUGCUGGGCGAGGGCGAGUUCGGCUCCGUGCUGCGCGCCGUGCACUGCGCGCCCGGCCUGCCGCCCGCGCCCGUCGCCGUCAAGACGCUGCACGUGCAGCACACCGACUCCAACAAGAGGGAGUUCCUGUCCGAGGCCAAGCUCAUGAUGUCGCUGCGCCAUCCCUGCAUAGUACGGAUCAUCGGCGUUUCCUUGGGUCCGCCGCUGGCGAUGGUUCAGGAGCUGGUCCCGCUGGGAUCGUUGCUGGAAUAUCUGCUGCGCACGUCGGAGCGCCCGUCGCCGGGGUAUGAGCUGCGGCUGUGGGCGUGGCAAGUGGCGUCCGGCAUGUACUACCUCGAGCGGAACCGCUUCGUGCAUCGCGACCUGGCCGCCAGGAACAUCCUCCUGGCCAGCAGGUGUCAAGCGAAAAUAAGUGACUUCGGUCUUUCUCGUGCCCUAUCUACCGACAGUUCAUAUUACAAAGCGAGCCAUGGCGGCAAGUGGCCGAUCAAGUGGUAUGCUCCGGAGUCAUAUAACUACGGCACCUUCAGUCACAAGAGCGACGUCUGGAGUUACGGUGUUACGUUGUGGGAAAUGUUCUCGUACGGACAGCAACCAUAUGGUGAAAUGCGAGGAAUUGAGGCAAUACAAAUAGUAGAGAGUGGUCAACGUCUAGAACGACCAGAAGACUGCCCUGAUGAAAUCUAUCAAGUGAUGCUUGACUGCUGGGCUUAUAGUCCCGACCUCAGGCCAACUUUCAGCAAACUUGUCGAUGUUUUUUCCCAGAAUCCUGACUAUGUUAAUAUCGGUCAGAUUGCAGUUGAUAAUGAAGAAUUAGGGUAUAAAAAUAUAUGAAGGUAAACAUUAUAUCUCUUAGUAUUAUCCACCAAUUGCUAAGGCAGCAGAGAUAAUUUUUAAACCGUUGCAUUUGAUACAGAAAACUGAUCAAUACAUGUGCUAAUUUCAUUGUGACAAUAAUUGUGUAAACCUUAUUUGACAUGACUGAAUGUCAGUUUUAAUUUGAUUAAAUACUAAAUGCUCAUUAUGUUCGUCUAUUUUAUCAUUGACAAUUAGACCAAUAACCAUUCAGAUUAAAAUAAAAUGAAAUUAACUUUGAUCACCGGUUACAGAAUCUGGAAAUAAGCUUUGUUAUUCUUUUUUAACUAAUUACACGAACAGAUGGUUAUAUUUUUAGUCAUACUCAAUUUUUUUUACCCAAGAGAUUGUGUACAAUGAGGUCAGCACUGCUGAAGAGAUAAAUUUUUAUAGCAUCAUGUAAUAUGUGAAUUGACAUAUAUUUAGAUAAAAGUAAAUCAUGACAUGUGGGUCCAAUUUUCGUUGGGAAUAUAUUUUAGUUGGGAUUACUUGUUUUUAGAUUUAGAUAAUUCAACUACAAAUUCCAAGUCAAUUCAGUUACUAUAGAAGGUUCACAUUAUAAUUAUUGGACUGUGUUUUAUACUGUGAAUUAUAAUUUUAUACAAUGAAUUACUUGUAAAGUAUUUAAUGUUUAAGAAUAAAUUUUAUAAAUCCUAUUGUAAUUGGAAUAUUUUUUUUAUUAGUUAUGUAUGUAUAAAAUUAUCAGAUUAAUAUUGAAAAAAAAAAGAUUAUAAACCUGCCAUAAUGUGCCUGAUAUGAAGUAGAUUAAAAAUAUUUCUCAUAAUGUUAUUAUAUGUACAAAGUUUUAUUAGGAUUUUUCAGUGAUACAAGAUUAGUGUUUUAUAAUAUUAAUAAGCUUAUAUAUGUAGCAUACAUUU